CAGACACACCCGGCCUGCAGGGGGCGCUGCACUCUGAACGGAGCAGCAGAUUCCCUUCAUCCUGAACCGGUCCGGACCUAUGAUUGGGGUUCUGUUAUCAGAACUCGGGGUUCUGAUAACAGAACCGGGUCAGGGGGAACAGAACCAGCAGGUUUCGGCUCGGUUCAGACCCGUCUCACUGAAUCUCAAACUCCAGUCUCGGGUUAUUUCUCUUCCAACCGGACCAGGUCCCUUAAACGUCACAUCCGGAAGUGAACACCUGAAGUUGUAAUUUGAAAGCUCAGACCGGAAGUUGUGAGGUGGCCGUGGCUGUGGGUCAGGGUUCGGGUCUUGGUGAGGCAGUAAACCCGACCGGACCGGACCGGACCGGACCGGACCUGGUUCUGGGAGGAUGGAGAUGUUCAGCAAGCUGAGCGGCAUGUUGCUGAACGCGUUGGAGACGGUGAGUCAGCGGAAGUUGGCAUUAUGUGCUUCCGGUGGUCAGUAAAACGUUACAUUCUCGGACAGAGACGGAGGACAUGGAGACAACCUGUCCCCAUCUCUGUCUGUCCUCCCGGGUCUCCGCAGAAGAUCCCAGCUGCAGUUUUCUUCAGGAAUGUAGCUGGAAGAGGGAGCCGACCGCCGACCUGCUGGACUCCUUCAUCGACCACUGGAGGUCCAUCACCAACUACUACAUCCAGACCACAGAUGACAGCCGCCCCGCCUCUCAGACCGACAUCCCGUGGCGUCUCAGGCAGAUGACCGACAUCCUGGUGUAUGAGGAGAAGCAACAGGAGGAACCGGGUCGCUGCCUGGAGUUCCUGCUGCAGAACCGGCUGCUGGAGACGCUCUGCACCUUGGGGAAGGCUCAGUACCCUCCAGGGAUGAGCCAGCAGGUGCUGCUCUUCUUCUCCAGGCUGCUGUCUCAGAUGCAGAAGCCUCUGCUGCAGCUGGUCCCCGUCCGCACACCUGUACAGAAGCUGAUUGGCCUCUGUGCUCUUCCUGGUUCCUGCACCCAGAAGGAAGAAGCUCAGUUUUUAUUGGCUGUUUGCUCCAGAGUGUCACAGGAGCCGCACCUUCUCAGAUACAUCCUGCAGCCUCCAGACCGACUGCUGGCGUCCAAUCAGAGCCCAGCCAGCAGCCAAUCAGAAGCCUCUGCCUCCAGCGCUGUCCAAUCAGAGUGUGGGCUGCUGUGGGUUCUGCUGCAGCUCAGCAGCAGCCAGAGACCCGCGGUGCGUCUCAAGGCCUGUGAGGGCCUGCUGCAGCUGGCGUCCCUCCUGGAUGUUGGUCCUCCAGGGGAGCUGCGGGCCGCUGCAGCCCAGCUGGGGCAGCUGCUGGCUGGGCGGCUGCAGGAGCUCUACUCCCUGCUGCCUCUGGAGGAGCUGCAGGCUGCCGAGCUCAGGAGCUGGCCCCGCCCCUCGUGGAGAUCAGAGUCUCAAGCCGAUCACAUGACCAGGUUCCUCACCUGGUUGGACUUCCUGGAUGAGCUGACGGCCGACGCUCCUCAGGUGUCCCAGUGCGUCCUCCAGCGGUGGCUCAUGGAGACGCUUCAUCCUCAGCUGCUGAACGCGAGCGAGCGGAGUGUCCUGGCGUCCACCUCCGUCCUCUGCUGCGUCGUCAGACUGGUCCGGUCUCCGUCUCUGCUGGACCAGCUGCUGGACUUCCUGCUGAGGACGCCGUCCGUGCUGCAGCUGCUGCUGCGGCACUGCGACCACGCCUCCGACCAGAUCAGCGUGGCGUCUCUGUCUCUGGUGGACGAACUGCUGCAGAAGCCUCACAGGGACGUCCUGGACACGCUGGUGCUCGGCUUCCUGCAGAGCCGCCGUUACCUGUCCUCACCUGCGGGGGGCGCCGAGGACCAGCAGCCCGACAGCGACGGCAGCGACGGCGGCCAAGACCCGGAGGACGACCCGUUCUUCUCAGACGGUUUCCCUGACGACCACCUUCCUGCUCCUCGUCUUCAUCAACCUGCUGCCCCGGGCUCCGCUGCUGACAUCAUCAACAGUUUCCUGGGCCUGGUUCCGGUCCAGGUGCGGUCGGCCCACCUGCUGCAGGACGGAGGCUACGAGUCGUACGUCCUCGACGCGCGCUCCUUGGUGACCCAGUGCCAGGCUCUCUCUCUCCGGUGGGCGUGGCCACAGACUCCUCCUCCUCCCACCUGCUCCUCAGGUGAGGAGGCUCACUUCUUCGAAGGCCACCUGAUGAGAGUUCUGCUUGAACGUCUGGGGCGGAUGUUGCAGCAGCCGUACGAGGUGAACCUGCAGCUGACGGCCGUCCUGUCCCGUCUGUGCGCCUUCAGUCACCCGCUGCUGGACGAGUACCUGCUGGACCCAUUCGUCCACCUGUCCGCCGGCAGCCGCUCGCUGUUCGCCGUCCUAGUCAGGGUGAUGGGAGAGCUGAUGGAGCACAUCCAGCAGGUGACCAACCUGCCGCAGCGCCUGCUGGACACCAGGAGACACCUGCUGGGUCUCCACCUGGACGCCAGGCCGGAGCACCUGGCUCUGCUCCAGGGCGUCAUCGUCCUGGAGGAGUUCUGCAAGGAGCUGGCGGCCAUCGCCUUUGUCAAGAUGCCUCUGGACCGGAACCACGACGAAUGAUCCUGAUUGGACGCUGAUUGGCACCUGCUCAAAAGUCCCGCCCACUCCAACUGCAGUCAGUCUGAGCAGAGCAAUGGGACGGAAGCUCAUUGGAUGUUUUCCUCAUUUCUUCCAUCAGAACCGGGUCUCAGUCUGAUCCGGUCCUGGAGCCGUGCAACGCCGCCAGCUGAACCGAUCACAUGAUCAGAACCGAUCAGAACCUGUCUUAACAUAAUGAGUUUCACAAAGUUCUGCUUUUAGCCAAAGAUCAAACUGGAGAGGAGACUGGACCGCUGGACACUUGGACCGCUGGACACUUGGACCGCUGGACAUUAAGACCGCUGGACACUUGGACCGCUGGACAUUAAGACUCUGCUGUGGAGGUAAAGACACAUUAACUUGUGUAAAGUCGUGAUGACGCUUUGCCAUCACUUGCUGCAGAGGAUCAUUUACA